GAAUACGGAGUCAACAAGGAAGAAAGCGUUUCCUUUUCGCCGAAUGAAGUUGCUGCCACGAAUCAAGGAAGUUGACAAGGCGACGUAAUUUACGGUUAGGCGUGACUAUCUGUCAAUCGUGCUCGACAGACCAGGGAUCGCACUCGGAGGGCCGAAGCCCGCGUUCCGGAGAUCCUACGACCAUGGCGAGUUUAUAUCUGAGUACAUGUCGAGCCCCCGUGAACAUAGCCGUGAUCAAGUACUGGGGCAAGGAAGACGAGCGUCUCAUAAUCCCAACUAACGACUCGUUGUCGCUCACUCUGUCCAUCGACGAUCUUUGCGCUACAACCACGAUCGCCGCCUCCCCAGACUUCAGCAAGGACCGAUUAUGGCUCAAUGGCAAGGAAGAGUCCACGUCAACGGAGAGGAUACAGAACUGUCUGCGCGCCAUCCGGGAAGCUGCCGCUUCGAGGUCUUCAUCACCAAACCCGGAAUGGAAACUCAAGAUAAUCUCAGAAAACAAUUUUCCAACGGCUGCGGGACUCGCGAGUUCAGCGGCGGGCUACGCCUGUCUGGUAGCGUCCCUGAAGAAUCUCUACGGCUUAGAGGGAAACUACUCAUCUGUGGCCCGGAAGGGUUCCGGAUCUGCUUGUCGCAGCAUGUUCGGCGGCUUCGUUCGCUGGCAUAAAGGGAUUCAACCCGAUGGCGAAGAUUCGAUAGCGGUGCAGGUAGCCCCAUCCUCCUUCUGGCCUGAAAUACGUGUGAUCAUUUGCGUUGUCAACGAUGUUAAAAAAGACACCGGAAGCACGAGUGGAAUGCAGAGGUCGGUAGAGACAUCAGAAUUGCUGAAGUACCGCAUAGCAGAAGUGGUUCCGCGGCGAAUAGAGUUCAUGGCGAAAGCCAUCGCUGAGAAAGAUUUCGACACUUUCGCUCGGAUAACAAUGCAGGACUCGAAUCAAUUCCAUGCAAUCUGCCAAGACACUUAUCCACCGAUAAGAUACAUGAAUCAGACAUCGUGGGAUAUCGUUUCGAUGGUUCACAAAUACAACUCAAAGCACGGCAGUAACAAGCUGGCCUACACCUUCGACGCAGGUCCCAACGCCUUCUUAUUCUGUUUAGAGGAAAAUGUACCGGAAAUUGUCGAGGUUUUACGGACGCAGUUCCCGUCGGAUAGCACCGACUUCAUACGAGGAAUGUACUCGGACGACAUCGCUAGGAAAACGAAUCUGAGCAGUGCCCUCGCUUGUGAACUCACCCCGCUCCCGCCAGGGAGCCUGAAAUACGUCAUCACGACUCGAGCUGGUGAGGGACCGACUCCUAUACAAGAACAUCUCACCAUCGAAUGACUGAGAUCCGGCUCGUUGAUACUCGAGAGACCGCACACCCAGAGUGUGCAUUGAAUUGACUUGUUGUGAAAUGAAAUAUGGGGCGGCUUCCACAGUAUUUACCCGUGUUGGAGCGAUCUAGGAUAAUCACCGGAUUUUAUCAUUCUCCGAACGACUCUAUGCGUCGCCGGUGGUUAUCCUUCAUAUCCAUGUAAGCAUUCGCUAGAAGACGUCAUAAAUAAACAGUACCCAGGUCGUCCCA